UCGCUCCCAGCCUUGGAGAAGGAGGCCCAGCUGGUUCUCCCUGGAGGUGGGGGAAGGGAAGAGGCCGAGCCGGACGGGGCAGCUGCGCUUGCGCUGUGUGGAAGAGGGCGAGAGAGGUUCAAGGAGACUGAACAAAUUGAAGUGAAAACUACCGUCCGCUGUUGUCGACACAUUUGAAUUCUCUGCUUCGCUCCUCUCUUAUUUCUUAUAUGAGACAUGAGUGUUGGACGCAGAAGAUUAAAGUUGCUGGGAAUUCUAAUGAUGGUCAACUUCUUUAUAUAUGUGAUUGUGGAGGUGUCAAAGAGCAGUGGCCAAGCAAAGAAUUCAAAAAGGCACGUUAUAAUACCACAGGCCAAAUUCUGGAGAAAAUUUGUUCCUCACAAGGCAUAUUGGAAUAAACAGCAGCAGAAGCUGGAACGCUUAUCCAAUCCGAUUUUUGCAUUGCUUACAAAUAUGACAGUGGAAGAAAGCUUAUCUUCUAAUGGCAGCUUUUCAAAUGCGUGUGAUCCUGACCCAUUUGUAGCUCUACAAAUUAAUGGCUUUAAAGACUUGCCAGAUAGAUUUAAAGACUUCUUGCAUUACUUGCGAUGUAGAAACUAUUCAUUAUUAGUGGACCAACCACACAAGUGCAAACAUAAACCUUUUCUGCUUCUGGCUAUCAAAUCACUUAUUCCCCAUUUUGACAGAAGACAAGCAAUCCGACAGUCUUGGGGAAAAGAAAUUAAAUCGGGAGAUGCAACUGUUGUGAGGGUCUUCCUGUUAGGCCAGAACUCUCCGGAGGAUAACUUUCCUGAUCUCUCAGAUAUGUUGAAAUUUGAGAGUGAAAGCCACCAAGAUAUUCUUUUAUGGGACUACAAAGAUACUUUCUUCAAUUUGACCCUGAAAGAGGUACUGUUUCUGAAAUGGGUGAGCAAUACCUGCCCAGAUGCCCAGUUUAUUUUUAAGGGAGAUGAUGAUGUUUUUGUGAACACGCAUCAGAUCCUGGAUUACUUGAAGAGUUUAACCAAGGAUAAAGCCAAAGACUUGUUUAUAGGUGAUGUGAUCAAAGAUGCUGGACCUCAUCGUGACAAGACACUGAAGUACUAUAUCCCAGAAAGUAUUUAUGAAGGCUCUUACCCUCCAUAUGCAGGAGGUGGUGGGUUUCUCUAUUCUGGUGAUCUUGCAUUAAGAUUAGCCAAUGCAUCUGACCAAGUCCUACUCUAUCCCAUUGAUGAUGUCUAUACUGGAAUGUGCCUUCAGAAACUUGGGCUUGCUCCCGAAAAACAUAAAGGCUUCAAGACUUUUGGCAUUGAAGAGAAACACAGGGAUAAUAUUUGUUCCUACACAAAUCUAAUGCUGGUCCACAGCAGGCAACCCCAAGAAAUUAUUAAGAUUUGGACGAACUUGCAAGAUCCAGAUUUAAGUUGUUGAGUACAUAUAUGUCCAAAAGUUCUCUCCAAAUUUGGGUUUAAUUUCUUGGCUAAAUGGUUAGUACUUUGAAUAGUUUGUUUUGCAAAGCAAAACUCGCUAUAAAUGGUUUGUCCAGAACUUCUAAAAGAACAAUUACAUCAGUAACAAUGCACAUCAUGAGGAUAUGGCAUGUAGAUGCAAUCCUUUAUCUUUCCACUGUCGCACGUUCAAUACUUUGACCGAAUAAAAACCUGAAAAAGCAUACCCUUCAGAAGUUGUGAUUAAACUAUUAAUUUAAUGACCAUUUAGCUCAAAUAUUAGAAGACCUUUCCUGUUUUCUAAUUAUAAUAAUUAUUUAAUUGUGGUGAUAGAAGCUAUACACUGAUUUGUUUUCCUGAGAUAAGAUAUCUCAGAGACUGUUUUGGAACUCAAAUUCAGGAAAGUAACUUCAAAAUAAAUAAACUUGGGUGGAGUGUUCAGCUCUCAUACUCUGAGUACUCCUAUUGGAAUUAAGUUACAAGUAAUUUAAGUUUAUGGAUUUAAAUGGACCUACUCCUGAGUAAAAUGCAACUCAUGCCACCAAACAGUUGGUUUUUAUGGCUUUCCUUUUCCACUGUCUCGUUAUAUCCUCCCACUGAACAGUAUUCAGUUAAAUGUUAUGGAGAUCUGUGUAAUGUGUAUGUAACUGUGUUUAAAAUAUCAGAUGAUACAUAUCUAUGGCUGAGAAGCUGUAUAGUUUAAAGUGUAUUUUGGGAGGUUAAGUGUUGCUUUGCAUCAGACUUAGCUAAUGGUCAAGCAUUUUACACUUUUUCUUAAACUGGUAUCAGACCUACACAGUCUCUUUAUUUCCACAGUAGGCUUAACAUUUGCUCUGUUGUCUUUUAUGUUGUUAAAAAAAAUCAGGCAACUUCACUGAUAAAAUUAACUGAUAUGUGAAUUGUUAAUUGGCUUACAAAAACUGGGCCUUCCUUAUGGUCUAGGGUUAGAACUUUAUGAAAAUGUGCAAUUUCUGAGAUUCCAAAUCACUCAAAUGACCCCUAUAAUUAUUAAGGGUAUCUCAAAGUCACAGGUCCUAAAACACUCUAUCUGCCAUAUCUUCAUCUGUGUUAUAUCAGACAAUUAUUCAAAACAAUGACUGCUUUCUUUAUAUACGUAGAAGUGCCUGUAUUUAUUGUUCAGAUGGAAGACCAAAACAUUUUCUUAAAUAUAUUUAAGAAACAUUUGUAUAGUGUUGUCAGUCAUAUUUAAAUAGAGUAAACUAUUUUAAAUGUGUUGAAAUAUAAAAAGUUAAAUAAAGUUAAUUGUUUUUGAAUUUCAAAAAGUACAUGUGUGUACAUCCCAAUUUGUAUAGACAAGUCUAAAUAAUUCACACUAUAAUGAUCACCAUCAGUAUGUCAACUUUAAUUUACUUGAGAGCUCUUAUGGCCUGGGUCUGUGGUUUGUUGCCCCACAAGAUGGGGCCAUGUUCUUGUCCAUCACACUGGUGCAAUUUCUACCAUUGCACUGCUUGCUAGGAGCAAAUUAUAACCAGUCAACAAGGAGAGACAUUUUGCGCUGGAAAAGCCCCUCUGUUUCUGUGGGUGCAGCCAAGUUGUCCAAGUUCAUUUCCAUUUCCAUGUUGUAGGGGAGGCUUAGUGGUAUUAUGAGGUAACAAUUCAGUGGCAGAGAGACUGAGAAAGAGAUCUACAGGCAGCAGCCUUGGUAGUAUAUAUAUAAUGCUCAUCUUGAUGAUAAUCCAAAACUUAGAGCAGUGGCAUUCUUCCACAUUGUUUUGAGAUAGGCUCCAGUCUCCUCAGAGGGGUUUCUAUCUUUUUGAUGUUUAGAGUUGAAGGGAAAUCUGUUCAUUCUUAAAAAUAUUCUAUCCUGUUAUAGUUGUAUGCUUACGUUAAGAAAGAAAAUUGCUGAGGGAGGAAUUCAUCAUGGCAGUCAUUAGCACAAGCUUUUCAGCUUGCAAGAGGAAACCAUCUUCUUCCCCGCAUGCAUUUCUGGAGGUUGUUCUUAUACCCCACAGCCAAUUUGGGGUGGGGGUGGAGGAGAGGAAGGGGGAAGCCCCAUUGCAGUAGCAGCACUCAUUAGUGUAUUCCCCUACUCUAAGGCCACUGUUCUGUUCCCCCUUACAUGGAACAAGCACCGUUGAACUCAAAGGGGCUUAUUCCUGAGUAGACAUGUAGAGGACUGGACUUUAAGGCCCGUAUCCUGUGAACAUUUGCCUGUGGAUAAGCCCCAAAGAAUACAUUGCAACACACUUCUGAGAAAACACACAGUAAGCUUGUUCACCUUAGUCCUUGUCGCUCACCUCGUUUCCCCCCAUUUUUCUGUAUUCUGUUUUGUUGCUUUACUCCACGUUUACUGCACCACAAAGUUCAUAUUGUCUGCAAUCUCCACAUUUUAUCAAGAGAUAAAAAUAAGUUUUUUAAUUCUAUUUUUGUAAAUAAAAUAAAAUGUCUUUGAAUUUGAAAAGUGUGUUGCUCUAAGAUUUGAUUAGAAACUUGUUUGCAGUAUUUUAAUACUUUGACUUUACAGCAGAUUGGUUCUAUCUGGUAUGUUCUUUUGUAUGCAAAAGGAGGAACGUAUUCCACUUUAUGUUGGUAGUAGCACUUUGGCUCCACUGAAAUAGGUGGGUCAAGUUACUUUUGACUUCAGUCUCAUUGAUUUCACUAGACACUAUCCAGAAAUAAAACUAAAAACAACACCUGGCCAUUGAGUAAACUCCAUGUAUGCUGCUCUGAGCUUCUUAGAGAGGAAAGAUACAAUAUCAUAUGAUAAUAAAAUAAAUAAAUGGUAAAGCCCUUAACAGUAAGUUCCCAAUAACUUAAUGAAUGUAAUGAAAUUCAGACAAUUUAGACUGUUGCCUAAGGCUGUACUGUAACUCCUAAUAGGGAACAGGUGCUGUAAACUUAGGAACAGUCCAAGCUGUGCUGUACAUCUUAAAAAGCAAGUUAAUGAGAAAUACACAACAGUCCCAUUUCAAAAUUACAUGUGCAGCCCAAAUUCAUGUUUAUUCAGAAGUCUUUCUAGUUCAGUGGCACACACUCCCUUUCCCUUCAUCAUGGGGUUCCAGACCUGUUCACGAGGGCAGCACGAGUAGCUUAGAAGCAUUACAGUAGAAAUUGAUGAUGGAUGCAGCACAAAGACUCUUAAGAAUCUGAAAGCAUAUGCUGCCAACUUGUACCUGUUAAAGUGGUCAACUAGAGCUCUAGUUGUAGUAGUUUAUUGCAGCAAAAGCAAGAGUCUUGUGGUAUCUUAGAAUGUUUGGCAUAAUCUUUCCCUGGAAAAAGGAACCCCAACUGGAAGAGUACACCACUUCCAGACGCACUAUAAUCCCUGUACAAUACUUGGAUAAGGCAGCACAAAUGUUACAAAAAUCAAUUUAACCCACAGCUCUAAAGUUCUUAAAAUUUAACCAACUAUUUUAAACUGCUUUGAAUAGAUAAGCUGAACUGAAAAUGACGCUGAGAAGUUAAGAAAAGGACAGCAGAAAAAUGAUGAGUAUCUGAAACAGCGUCACCUUAAUUUGUUUUGACUGAGUAUACACCUUGUUAAUAUCCUUCAAUAAUUUUAAAAGAAACGGUUGCACUAUUGAGAGUAAACCUUUGCUGUUACGAUAAUAAAAAUAUAAAUCCUAUAAUAUAUGGAUCAAAUAACAGUAGUCUUAAUAAAGACAUAUGAAACCUCCAUAAACCAUGAAUCAAAAUAGUUUAUUGGGCAGACCGAGCCUUGGGCAAUCAUUUAUCCCCUUUCUUGGCUUUGAGAAGAUACUGUGGGACUGGUUCUCAAAGGGUGUGACUGACGUGCCACACUGGCAAGAUCUGGCAAGAUUCAAGGACAAUCAAAGAAACAUUGAAACAUUUCAGAUAAUAUUAUAUAUAUAUAUGCAGAAUAUGGAUAGAUAUCUUUUCAAAAUAAGAACAAGAGCACCUAGUGAUAUUUAGGACAUAUUGUUGUGAACAAGGAUUUUCAACUGACAAAUAUGAUAGCUCAGAAAAGAGAAAGGUUUCUUUUUGUUGAUUAGGAGAUGAUUUCUUUGUCUCAGAUUAGACCUAAUAUAAAUGAGAUUAUCCAACAAAAGCAAGUUCACACCUCUCAAUGUGUUUGUACACAUAUUAAGGUUCAAAUAUAAGAGACUUGUUUAUAUUUUGGGAAUGAUUCAUGUUCUUAUGUAGUUGCAUUAUUUUAUACUUUCUGGAUGUUCCAUGAUCCUAUUAUAAAGUAAUUGUGUUCUGUAUUAUGAAUCAAGCACAGCUAGGAGUUGUUUCUUUUUUGUUUUUCAGUGUAUUCCUUACCAAUAAAAAUUGGGUGUGGUGCGAGUUUAUUUUGAAA